UAAAGUCACGGUGCCGGUUAGAGACCCUGACAUCAGAUCACCGACAGGAGCUGGACGAGACAAACGCUGCAGAGGAGAAGAAGAAGAGCUUCAUUCAUCUUCUAAACGAUCUUCAUCUGUCAGCCAGAGAGACUAAGUCAAAGUAAUCAAGAUGUCUUCAGCUAAAGGCGUAGCGAUCGGCAUCGACCUGGGCACCACCUACUCCUGUGUGGGGGUUUUCCAGCACGGGAAAGUAGAAAUCAUCGCCAACGACCAGGGCAACAGGACCACCCCCAGCUAUGUGGCCUUCACAGACAGCGAGAGGCUCAUCGGGGAUGCAGCCAAGAACCAGGUGGCUCUGAACCCCAGCAACACUGUGUUUGAUGCCAAGAGGCUGAUUGGAAGAAAGUUUGAUGAACCUGUGGUGCAGGCGGACAUGAAGCACUGGCCCUUCAAGGUGAUUUCAGACGGUGGGAAGCCCAAAAUCGGAGUGGAGUACAAAGGGGAGGACAAGGCCUUCUACCCCGAGGAGAUCUCCUCCAUGGUGCUGGUGAAGAUGAAGGAGAUCGCAGAGGCCUACCUGGGCCAAAAGGUGUCCAACGCUGUCAUCACGGUCCCGGCGUACUUCAACGACUCCCAGCGACAGGCCACUAAAGACGCGGGCGCCAUCGCGGGCCUCAACGUCCUGAGGAUCAUCAAUGAGCCCACGGCGGCCGCCAUCGCCUACGGUCUGGACAAAGGCAAGUCAGGAGAGAGAAACGUCCUGAUCUUUGACCUGGGUGGGGGCACCUUCGACGUGUCCAUCCUGACCAUCGAAGACGGUAUCUUUGAGGUGAAGUCCACGGCCGGAGACACCCACCUGGGUGGAGAGGACUUUGACAACCGCAUGGUGAACCACUUUGUGGAGGAGUUCAAGAGGAAGCACAAGAAGGACAUCAGCCAGAACAAGAGAGCCUUGAGGAGGCUGCGCACAGCUUGUGAGAGGGCCAAGAGGACCCUGUCCUCCAGCUCCCAGGCCAGCAUCGAGAUCGACUCUCUGUUUGAGGGCGUCGACUUCUACACAUCCAUCACCAGGGCUCGCUUUGAGGAGCUGUGCUCUGACUUGUUCAGGGGAACCUUGGAGCCGGUGGAGAAGUCCCUGAGGGACGCCAAACUGGACAAGGGACAGAUCCACGAUGUCGUCCUGGUGGGAGGCUCCACCCGAAUCCCCAAAAUCCAGAAGCUGCUGCAGGACUUCUUCAACGGCCGGGAGCUGAACAAGAGCAUCAACCCGGAUGAGGCCGUGGCUUAUGGUGCCGCCGUCCAGGCCGCCAUCCUCUCGGGCGACACCUCGGCCAACGUUCAGGAUCUGCUGCUGCUGGACGUGGCGCCUCUGUCCCUGGGCAUCGAGACGGCCGGAGGGGUCAUGACGGCCCUGAUCAAACGCAACACCACCAUCCCCACCAAGCAGACCCAGACCUUCACCACCUACUCCGACAACCAGCCCGGCGUCCUGAUCCAGGUCUACGAAGGAGAGAGAGCCAUGACCAAGGACAACAACCUGCUGGGCAAGUUUGAGCUGACGGGGAUCCCGCCCACCCCGCGAGGCAUCCCGCAGAUCGAGGUCACCUUCGACGUCGACGCCAACGGCAUUUUGAACGUGUCUGCGGUGGACACGAGCACCGGCAAAGAGAACAAGAUCACCAUCACCAACGAUAAGGGCCGACUGAGCAAAGAAGAGAUCGAGAGGAUGGUGCAGGACGCAGAGAAAUACAAAGCUGAGGACGACCUUCAGAGGGACAAAAUCGCCGCCAAGAACUCCCUGGAGUCCUACGCCUUCAACAUGAAGAGCAGCGUGCAGGACGACAACCUGAAGGGCAAAAUCAGCGAGGAGGACAAGAAGAAGGUGGUGGAGAAAUGUGACGAGGCCAUCACCUGGCUGGAGAACAACCAGCUGGCUGAUAAAGAGGAGUACCAACACAAGCAGAAAGAGCUGGAGAAAGUGUGCAACCCCAUCAUCAGCAAGCUGUAUCAGGGAGGGAUGCCCACUGGUGCUACCUGUGGAGAGCAGGCGCGAGCUGGCUCCCAGGGUCCCACUAUUGAGGAGGUGGACUAAAGAGGCCCUGAAGAUGGACUCUGAGCUCACUGGGACUGUUGAACACUCACAUCGGACUCUUUAGCUGUGUCCCAAAACGUCGGCUGCAUCCUCUGGAGGCCGCAUUUGAAGGCCGAUUAUGUCACAGCCAGGCGACGAAGGCUGUCCCAAUUCGUCGACUCCUUCAAACGCGGC